CGCUUCAAGGCCGGCUCUGGCUGGCUGGCUUUCCUGCCGCCGUUUGUCCCUCGCGAAACCCCGUUGCUCGCCCAGGAGGCGUGACUUGGGGCUGGAAGCAGGCGGGCUGCGGCGCCGUGGGCCCGGGCUGCGGCUGUCAUGGACGCCUGGGUCCGCUUCAGUGCUCAGAGCCAAGCCCGGGAGCGGCUGUGUAGGGCCGCCCAGUAUGCCUGUUCCCUUCUCGGCCAUGCUUUGCAGAGACAUGGGGCUAGUCCUGAGUUACAGAAACAGAUUCGACAACUGGAGGGUCAUCUGAGCCUCGGACGAAAGUUGCUACGCCUGGGGAACUCAGCAGACGCCCUGGAGUCAGCCAAAAGAGCUGUGCACCUGUCAGAUGUCGUUCUGAGAUUCUGUAUCACUGUUAGUCACCUCAACCGAGCCUUAUACUUUGCCUGUGACAAUGUUCUGUGGGCUGGAAAGUCUGGACUAGCUCCCCGUGUGGACCAGGAAAAAUGGGCACAGCGUUCAUUCAGGUACUAUCUGUUUUCCCUCAUCAUGAACCUGAGCCGUGAUGCUUAUGAGAUUCGCCUACUGAUGGAACAAGAGACUUCAACUUACAACAGGCGAAUGAAAGUUUCUGGAGUAGGAGUCUCAGGAGUAGAGACUGGGGGACCUGGAGGACCAGGGACUCCAGGAGGAUGUCUGCCACAACUGGCUUUGAAGUUUCGGCUCCGAAUCCUUCUACUGGCUCGUGUCCUUCGAGGUCACCCCCCUCUUCUGCUGGACGUGCUCAGAAAUGCCUGUGACCUCUUCAUCCCACUGGACAAACUAGGCCUCUGGCGUUGUGGCCCUGGGAUUGUGGGGCUGUGUGGCCUCAUAUCCUCUGUUCUGUCCAUUCUCACCCUAAUCUGUCCCUGGCUACGACUCAAGCCCUGACAGACACUGUGGUACGAGCUAAGGAGGGAACCCAGAUGGGUGAGAUGGAAGCUUAAACUGUCCCUGUGUGCCAGCUUCAUUGUAAUUCAAUUCCUUGACUGAAGUUAAAAUCCAGAUACUUAGGGAUGAGAGGAAGGACCUGCCAAAGACAGGUCAGGAAGGCAAUGCUAACGGGAAGACUCCAGCAUGCCUCGCAGUUGGUCUUCAGUUCCACUGCCAGAAUCUCUUAGCUCUCUUCCCCUUACCUAUCUGUCUUGAGUCUAGUUAAGAAUUUGUUACCAUGAGACAGAAUCUCUUUCUUCCCUCACACCUCUGCAGGCUGUUUGAGGCUUCUUCCCUGAGUCUGCCUCAGCAGACUGCCUCCUGAUUUAGCCCAGACGCUCCUCUGGCCUCCACACUUUUCAGUUUCUGAGUACAUUUUGAUAUUAGAGUUUCCUUCCCCACUUGGCUCUUGCCCUUUCUUUAACUCUCCAGACUGAUGCUGUGUCUGCCUCUUGCUGUAAAUACUGUACAUUGAUUCUAUGUAAAUAACUGGUCCUUGCCCACAGAGCAAACAAGCCUUCCAGGACAACAAAUUAAAGAUCAGUUUGCUCACUGACUUUUUCAUUCAAUUCAAGAUGGAGGGAGGGUGUUCACUGUGUUACCUAGGGUGGCCUGAAACUCCGAGCUCUCCUGCCUUAGGCUUCUGAGUAGCCAGGAGAGCGGCUGAGUGUCACUCUAUCCAGCUGCUCACUCACUGACAUCUGGUCUCUCAUGCUCUGGUCAUUGUAAGCCUUGGCUCCUGAGACUAUGGGUGGGUUUCCUUGGCAUUAGCAGCUAACAUGGUUACCUACAGGUUUUCACUGAAAACUUAAAUGUUGGGGGAAGGUGUGGACAUACCAUAAUGCUCCCAAUUCUAAACAAACCACUAAGAUGUUCACAGCCUCAAGUUAGGAGUGAGAUGCUCUAAACCAAAGGAAUUAUCUUGACACCACAAAGCACACCUGUUUACAGGCAAAGACCCUCCAAAAGCUAUUAAACACACAUAACCAUGACCAGAACUCAGUGGACUGGCAAGGUCGCACAGUAGGGCUGCCCUUCACACAGUAGGCAGGAAAAUGCUGCUGUCACUGCUGUCAGCUGCUAUUUUGCAUAUCCUAUGUUAAGAUUAAUAAGGCAAAAAAAUGUCUCUAAAUCCUACUUUCUGUUCCAAACUGGAGAAAAAAUCAUUGAACAAAUAAAUCAUAUGUAAAAGUA